UAGUGCAACUAAAGUUAGUUUAAAACGGCGCAACUGUGAGACGUGGAAGAGACCAUCAACAGACCCACCCAUAGACCAGCCAAUCAGCCAAUCAGCAGCCAUGGACGACAUGCCCGAUCUCUCGCAUUUGACCCCCCACGAGCGCAUGCAGAUCGAGAAUGUGCUCAUGCGGCAGAAGCAGGAGGAGGAGGCACAGAACGAGAUAAUGCGUCGCAAACAGGACGAGGUUGUCACUUUGGAAAUGCAAAUCAGACAACGCUCCGAGCAGCAAAAGAAGGCCGGCGUCGAGCUGGAUGCCACCUGUCACAUAUGCCUUAAGACCAAGUUUGCCGAUGGCGUCGGACACAUUUGCCAUUACUGCAACAUACGCUGCUGUGCCCGUUGCGGCGGCAAGGUGACACUUCGCAGCAACAAGGUGAUUUGGGUGUGUAUACUCUGCCGCAAGAAGCAGGAGCUGCUCUCCAAGACGGGCCAAUGGAUCAACAAAACGGGAGCCCAGCAGGACGGUUUUAUCCGCCGCAUCGAGCCCGACGGCAGCAGCGAUAUCUCCCAGCAGGCCAUUGUGGAUCCGCGCGACACGACGGACAAGCGGCCCAAGCUGGAACGUACGCGCAGUGCCGCCGAGAAGGAGAACCUGCCCAUGCAACGGGCUGGCAGCAUGCUACGGAGGCAGUACUCGCAGCAGGAGCAGCCCACGAAUCGCCGUCUGUCCGUCUCGGACAGUGGCAUGGAUCCCAUGAUGAGCCCGGGCCAGCAUCCGCAUCAACAGCAGCAGCAGCAUCCACAGCAACAGCGAGGCCGCAUGCAGCCAAUGAAUCCGCAGCAGUCGCAGCAGGGAUACGGGGGCUAUAGCAUGCAACAACAACAGCAGCAGCAGCAGCAACAGCAGCAGCAGAGAUCGGGUGGAGCCUAUCCAGAAGAUGAUCCGCGUUACUAUCAGGGCGAACUGGAUGGCUUGAUGAAACAACAUCCCCAUCUGGCGCAUCCCAGCCAAGUGCAGCCGCAGCAUUCACAACAGCAGCAGCAGCAACAUCCACAGCAUCAGCAGCAGCAGCAACACCCACAACAUUCGCAGCACCAGCAGCAGCAGCAUCAGCAUCAGCAGCAGCAACAUCCACAACAGCAGCAGCAACAUCCACAGCAGCAACAAUUUGCGGCGCGACAGCAAACGUACCAGGCACAGAUACAUACUCCACCGCAAUCGCACAUGCAACAGGGGCAACAACAGCAGCAGAUCCAUCCCCAUUCCCAGCAGUCGAUGUCCAUGUCCCAGCAGAUGGCUGGUGGCUACCAGAAGGCGCCGCCACUGACCCGAAACCUGACCAUCAGCGGGGGACAUGCCAUGGACAGCAGCUCGUACGGUCAGCAGCAACUUCAGCAGCAGCAGCAGCACCAGCAGCAGCAAAAUCGAAGGCCCCAGUAUGCCUCACAGCAGCAGCGAUCCUUCAGCAGCUCCGAGGAGGAGUUCCAGAAUCAGCUGCUGCAGGCCCAGGCCCAGGCGGCCGGGGCAGGAGCCACUGUCAGUGCGGGCUCCGAUUACGAUGGCGGCCGUCUACAGGUGCGCACCUCAGUGGAUCCCUGGCGCCAGCAGCGGAGCCUCAACGAGCGCGAUCUACUGAGCGUCAGUGCCGGCGGCACAUCCAGUGACUACCGCCUGUUGGCGCACACCAGCCAGCGGCUGUACGCGUCGGCGGACCAGCGGGAUCGCUACGAGCUGCAGCUGCAGCAUCGCGAACGCCUGGAGCAGUAUCCGUUGACCAGAACGGCACGACUGGACGUGCAGCAGCGCAACUCGUUGAAUCGCACCAAUCACGAGCGACAGUUCGGGGCCAGUGGCAGCGGUCCAGCUGUUGGGGUAGCCACUGGUGGUGCUGGCGCCUACCGACGUGCCCCGCCCUUGGCCGCAACCGGUGGCGGUGGCAGCAGCAGCAGUAGCACCAGCAGCAGCUACUAUCCCCCCCACAACCACAACCACAGCCAGGGCCAGGGCCAGGGCCAGUCCAAGCCACAGAUUGUGAUCGGUUCGGGAGCCUAUGAUCGAGGUGGCAACAUGUCGGCUGACCAGGGCGGCGGCAGCUCGAGGGGCAGCCUGAGCAGGGAGCGUGCCCUGUUGGGAGCCAAAGGCUUAGGCGGUGGCGGUGGCAGCAGCUCCGUGAGCUCCACGGAGGCGGCCUACUGGGAUGAGCCUGCCGGGGGCAGCACCUCCUCCUCAUCGGCGGCCCAGGACUCGCGCCGCUUCACCGAGCGCAGAAUAAAGAAGACAGUGCGCUUCGAUGCCCACGAGGAUGAGGCCUCCAUCAUGGCCGGAACUGGGAUGAUGGGCAGCGGAUCGCUGCCGCCGGUGACCACGAUCCUGCCAUCGACAGCGGUGGAUGUGGGUUCGGCCACGCUACUGACCAGCGGAAAGAUGGGAAUGGGCCAGGGACAGGGACCACCGCCCAUGGAAGGGGCCAGUGCUGGGGACUGGGCUCGAUGGGAGGCCGAACGACAGGGCAGCCAGGACUCGGCCACGAAGGACUCGGGUAUCGAUACGAGCAGCACCUUCACCAGCAGCGAGGACUCGAACCGCGGCGACGGCCCCAAGAAUCCGGUGAAUUGGCAAACAUCCGCGGAUAAUACUCGCUUGAUUGGGCACAUGAUAUUACGUAAAUACUAUGAUGGGGAAGAUAUAUUAGGCUUAAAGGUCAACGGCGGCCAGCCCAUCGGAGGAGUAGGAAGAGGAAUAGGAGGUGGACCAUUGGGAGUAGGAGUAGGAGGAGGUCCAUGCGGUGCUAUUGUGGAGAAGGUGAAACGCGGAUCGGUGGCCGAUCUAGAAGGCCGUAUACGACCAGGCGACGAGAUCAUCGAGUGGAAUGGCCGGAAUCUGCACAACAAGAGCGCAGAUGAGGUCUACGACAUUAUCGACGAGAGCCGCCUGGAUGCCCAGGUGGAACUGAUUGUCAGUCGUCCGAUCAGUGGUAGUGGCGGCAGCAGCCAGAACGUCAGUCCCAGCAGUGCCUGCUCCACCAACACCAACAGCAGCAGCCUUCCGCCGCGCCGCUCUACGGCCAAUUUUCCGCACAGCGGCCUGGCCACUAGCAUGGCUGGCAGUGCGGUGGUCAGCAGCGGCGGACGAUAUCUACAGCGCAAAGCCCCAGCGGUUGAGGCCAUUGAAAUCCAUCGUGAUAAGCCCAGUGUUUUGAUAACCUCACCCGGUUCGCCGGAUAUCCACGUAACAGCUGCAUCGGGAGCGGGCAACGGGGCACGGAGUCAACGUGGCGGCGCCUCGCAGCAUAUACAGCGCCUGGGACCAAGCCACAGCACUCACAGCCACAGCAGCAGUGGGAGUGGCAGCGUCAGCGGCAGCAGCACCACCAGCAGCGUCCACGCAGCGUCCGGCAGUCUUCAGGGCGCCUCCGUUCCCGCCGCCGCGUCGACGAAUUCUUCCUCCGCCCCGGGCGGAGGUCUGCACGGCACAACGACGGCGGGCCACCAUCACCACCAUCAUUGCCACCAGCCAUUGCCGUCCGUACAUUUGCAUGGCACCCACGGGGGCCUGGGGAUGGGCAGUGGGGCGGGAACGACGACGCAACCGAUACCGAUCGAGGGGCGGCUGCAGCUGAAGCUCGGCUACGAUCAGAACACACUCCAGCUGAUCGUGACAUUGGUGUGUGCCACAGGCCUGUCCCUGCGCCAGAGCGGAGCAGGCCGCAAUCCCUAUGCAAAAGUGUUCCUUCUGCCCGAUCGCAGCCACAAGUCCAAGCGGCGGACAAAGACAGUGGGCACCACCUGCGAACCGCGCUGGGCGCAGACCUUUCUCUAUUCGGGUCUGCGACGCUGUGAUCUUAAUGGACGGCUGCUUGAGGUGACGCUGUGGGACUAUGUGCGCUAUGGGGCCAACGAUUUCAUCGGCGAGGUGGUCAUCGAUCUGGCCCAUCACAUACUGGACGACGAGGCCGAAUGGUAUCAACUGCAGCCGCAUCAGGACACCUCCUAUCUCUUACGUGACGAGGGCAGCGAUGUGGACGGCCUGAUACUGACACCGACAGAUCAUUUAUCACCGCCGAGCACCAUGUCGCGUCUGAGCGACUCGGACACGACGUCCGACUGUGACAUCGAUGGAAUGACGCCGGUGGCCAGCAUCUCCUCGAUGGGAAGCUCGGCCAGUCCGCCGCCCAUGUUAGAGCUCGAUCUAAACGAGCGUCGAUCCAGACGCGACAUGUCACCGCAGGGCCGCAAACGGGUGGCCGGAAUGGUGGCCCGUGAUUAUCGCACUGUAUCUGGCAUUGGACAAAGUUAUCAUAAUCAGGCAUCUGCCACGGGCUAUUAUCGACGCGGCGGCGGCGGCGUUGGAGUCGGCGGAGGUAAUGGUGUCGGCGGUUCCUGCAUUGGACCCGGUGGCAUGAGCCUCAGUCAUCGCAGUCAUUCGGCGGCACCCAACGACAGCUACCACAGCGGAGGCGGCGGCGGAGUGGGAGGAGUUCCCUCGGGUGGUCCAGGCUACGGCUAUAGGAGCACCAGUCCACGCAGAGGCUCACUGUCGCCACCGGACGAUCGGUACAUAGACUAUCCAGUGCUUCCAGUACACGGCUCACCCAACGCGCCCUCCAUCUAUCCGGGUUCGGGUCCGAGUUCGGGCGUUGCAGCCACAUCGGCCACACAGCAGCAGAGAUUCCAGUCGCGCUCGGCCACAGCCACGCCCACAGGAUCGCCAAAGAAGAGGCAACUGCCACAGGUGCCUCAGACAUCGCGUAGCGCCAUGCUGCGGGACAGGCUCGGCCAGGACUUUGACGAGCGUCUGGCCUCGGGCAGCCGCUUUGGGAGGCAUCGUACACGACAGCCGCAUCAUCAGGCCACCUACCGGAGCACCGGGAUGGGCGGCUGGGAGCGCCACUACACAGGGCUGUCCGACAGCGACCUGCACUCCAUGGACGCGAGGAUGCGGCCGCGGCACUCGCUGUCGCCGGACAAGGACUUUAUGGGCGAGUUCGGUGACUCCGAUAUGGAGUCGGUGGUCAGUGUGACGUCCAGCGCCUUCUCCACGCAGUCGGAGCGGCCGCGCACCUCGCGGGGACUCAGCUUCCCCCGCAACUGGCGCAAUCUCUUUGGCGUACGCAACAGCUUCUUGGGAGGUGCCACAGGCACUGCUGGCCCCGUAACUGGACUCCGGAUGAUGCAUCCCUUGGAUGCAGCCAGCCAACGUGCCAACACCAUCGAGGUGGACGACUGCGACUAUCUGUCGCACAUGGCAGGUGGCGGCACACAACAGCAGCUCCUGCUGCUGGAGCAGCUCGAGCAACUGCAACAUUUGGCGGCCAUGGCGGCCGCCGAUUCCCCACCCAUUUCGGCGGGACUCGGCCACGGAGUUGGAAUGGGAUGUGGGAUGGGGAUGGGAGCACCGCAACGUGUCCUGGUGACAGACGCGAAUAGCGGCGAACUGGUGGAGCAGUUCUUUGUGGAGCCUGCGACAGCCGCUGAGGAGUCAUCGGUCAUCGAUCCGCUCGAUCCACUCGAACCACUCGAUCCUCAUGUGCAUCUGCAUCCGCAUUCUGUCUACUAUUCGCCUCAUUUGUCCACCAACCACCCGUCAUUUCUGACGCCCAACGACAUGUUUCAACGACGGCCCAACGGACAGACACCAACCGCCUCCCCCUCCGCCACAGCCUUUGCUCAUGCCUAUCCGCUGCCGCUGCCGCUGCCCAGCUUUGAGCAAUUCAAGCGCAUUACCACGCCCGUCAUGAAUCUCUUCCGCAGCUCCUCGCCCAUUCCCAAUGUCCACGCCCACGCCCAUGACCACGCCCACACGGUAUCCUCCUCGCCCAGCUCGUACGUGGGCUAUGUGCGGGACCAUCUGGACAAGAGCUGCAGCCACUGCCAGAACGGCAGCCAGCCGGUGGUGCUCUCCACGAAUACGGCCCUGGCAAUGCCCGGACUGACAAUCGGAGCCUGUACGGAUCCUUGCUGCGUGGUGGACGCGCAUCCGCAUCCGCAGCACCAACCGAUCGCGUACCCGUACAGUGCGGAGCAACUGCUUCGCCGCCCCUCGCUCUCCGCCUCCAUGUACCAGCCGAGCAGCUCGGAGCCCUCGCUGCCCACCAUGGACCCGGCAAUGUGCGGCGAGUGCGUCGACCAGCACUUCCUGGGCGGCCUCACCGGCCCCCAGGUGAACCUCGGCGCCGUGCCCACCUAUCACGUGCACACGCCCACCCCGACCGCCCAUCGGCGGGCCAAGGCGCAGCUGGCGGCGCCUCCGUCGCUGCCCACCCAGUCCGUGCUGCGUCUGUCGCGCCAGCUGAGCGAGGACGCCCUGGUCUCCUCCAUGCCCAUCUCUGAGUCGACGGCCAAGGCACAGCCCACCUCGAUCCUGAAAAAGCCUAAGCUCGAGCGCCGGCGCAUGUUCCACGAGGGCCAGUCGCGGUCCCUGGACUACGACGACCUGCACAACAAGAGCUGGGGCCGCCGGCGCAUUCGCUACGAGGAUGAGGUGGCCCAACACGAGGCGGCCGCCUAUCCCUAUCCCCAUUCCUACCCCUAUCCCCAUUCCUCGUCGUCUCCGGCGGAGGGACAGCUGCCCAUGUCGCGGCGCUACGGGUCCGAGACGAACAUCCGGCAGUCGUACAUGGGCGCCAAUGUGGAUGUCCACAAUCCGCUGAGUCACUCGCAUUUCCUCGUCACCGACGACAAGAUCGUGACCAUCACCUACGACUCGGACGUGGGCUGGACCCGGCGCGGCGUUGCCCCAUCACUCUUUCGCGGGCCGCACCGGCAGCAGAGAGGAGCCAUGUCGCUGGAUCUGCAGCGGACCAAUCAGCAGAAGCUCUACGGCCCGGCAGCGCCGUAUCUGAAGCGUCGGCGGAAUUUGCCACAUCCGCCUAGUGCACAGAAUGCGCACAACUUCUCGCCCAUGGAGGCACGGGACGGUGGAUCGACGGGGAUGGACUAUACACUGCCGCAGCAUGGUGGCGAGCAGCGGGGCAGCGGUAACAUCGGAAUCGGAGUCGGAAACGGUAGCGGGGGCGGGGGCGGUGGUCCACACAACACCAACAAUAUUAACAGUUACAGUAACAGUACCACACUCAACCAAUCACACCACCAGAAUCACACCACAAUCACCAACCACCACAAUAGCCAACAACAACAAGCGAGUAGUGUUAGUGUUAGUCAAAGUCACAACAAAAAAGGGAAAGAAGGCAUCAACGCUAUCGGCGGAACGAUGGCAUCAUCGGAGCAACAGACGAAAUCUAGUAGUGGGAGCGGUGGUGCAACAUCUGCUGCCGCCGCUGCUGGCAAUGUCGUCCUCGGUGGUAAUAAUGCUAAUAAUGCUUCUUCUUCCUCUUUUGCAAAUCCCCCACAACAACAUCAUGGUGUCGCCAAUCAACCAAAUAACAACAACAACAACAACCGUGCCCAAUCAUCAUCAACAACACCACACCAACAACAACAAAACACCAAUUCAACAACACCAAUGAACACAACAACGAAUGACGUUAACAACUUGACUCAUGACGCAACAAAUCCCACACAACAACAACAACAAAAUACAUGCACAAAUCUCAUCAACAAUACAACAACAACAAUCACAACUUCAACAACAACAACAAACACAUCGUCGAAUGCAACGAAUGCGGCGACAACAACGACGACAACGACAACAACUUCAACAACAACAACUGCAACAAAUGCUACAACAACUGCCACAAAUCCAACAACGAAUACAAAUACAAAUAAUACGAACGAUACAAACGCAACAACAACGAACGCAAAUGCCGAUGCGGAUGCGGACGCGGAUGCUCCGCUCGAUGCCAUCGACUGGGAUGCUAUCGAUGCCAUGUUGGAUGACGACUUCAGCGAGUACGACAAGGACAAGAACGGCCCUGAGGGCGGUGCCAAAUCCACAGAAGGUGGCACCGGGGGAGAAGAUAAAGCUGAUGGAAGCCAAUCGGAUACCGCUAAUGAUCGGAAGAAAGGCGGCACCGUGGACCAGGAACGCUCGCCAAAGGGCGGCAGCGGCAUGGGCAAGAAAUCCAAUUCCACCUCCCAGCUGUCCGCAACAGGUCGUAAAAGACGUAUGGGCUUUGGAAAGAAGGGUAAGAACUCGUUCACGGUGCAUCGCAGCGAAGAGGUGCUGCCCGGUGAUAUCACGCGCGAGCUGCGCGGUGGCGGUGGCGUUGGCGUCGGUGGUGCCGCUGGUGGUGCCAGCGGUACGGCCGGAGGCGUUGGCGGUGGCCUCUCGCGUGGCUCGUCCUCGGAGGCGGACCCCAUUGAGCAGUUUUUCGGCGAUGGCGCCGGUGGGGAAAGAUUCUCUCCCUCGUUGCGCAAUGAUGGAGCCCUCAAUGAGUUUGUCGAGGGCCUGGGACCAGGACAACUGGUGGGUCGCCAGGUGCUUGGUGCUCCCUCACUGGGCGACAUCCAGCUGUCGAUGUGCCAUCAGAAGGGCUUUCUAGAGGUGGAGGUCAUUCGAGCCAGAGGGUUGACGCAAAAACCCUCAUCGAAGAUGCUGCCCGCUCCAUAUGUGAAGGUGUAUCUGGUGUCGGGAAAGAACUGCGUGGACAAGAUGAAGACUUCGACGGCGCGUCGCACCCUGGACCCGCUCUACCAGCAGCAGUUGGUGUUCAAGCACUCCUACGCUGGUUGCAUACUCCAGAUAACCGUUUGGGGCGACUACGGGCGCAUCGAGAAGAAAGUGUUUAUGGGCGUCGCUCAGAUAAUGCUCGACGAUCUGAAUCUGUCAAAUAUCGUGAUCGGCUGGUAUAAGCUCUUUGGCACCACCUCACUGGGUCGUCCGAUUGUUUGGGCCGGUGAAUCAGUUAUAAUGGAGGAGCCGGGUGAAUAACACUUUCCAACACUAACAACACCACAACCAACAACAACAACAACAAGAAAAAUAACAACAACAACUACAACAACCACUACAACGAAAACACUUUAAGCACCCAAGCACAAUUCCAAUUCAAAGCGAACUCAAAACUGAACUGAAUUCAUAACCCUUGCAGAGAGCUGCCAGCCAGGCAGCCAAAUAGCAAAGGACCAAGGUCAGCCUGCAGCAGCAUCAGCAGCAGCAGCAGCAGCGGAAGCGGAAGCAACGUGGCAUCCGCCGGCCUGUGAUCCCCAUUCGGCAUGUUGCUGGCCUAAGCUAAGUCCAGAUCCGUAAUUUUUUCUAUUCUACAACCGAAAGGAGAGGAAGAUUUCCAGCAACAAAAAGUAAUGAAAAUGAAAAAAAUUAACAAAAAUGAAAAAAGAGAGAAAAUAUCUAAUUUUUGUAAGUCAUGAAAACAAAUGCAUUUAACGAACCGAGAGAACCGAGAACACAAGAGCAGAGCAGUAAACAGAUUAAACGUAACUAUCGAAAACAGAUACAAGAUAGAUAUAUAUAUAUACGAGUACAUACAAUACAUAUACACAUAUAUAAUGGAUAACAUUUGACAAAAGGAUACUUGUAAAUUAUGCAUAUUUAAAUUAAUUUUUACUACACACCUAAGAUCACUAUUAUUUUCGUAAUACGAUUACUACGAUUAUUAUUACUAAAAACUAUUAUUGAUAAACGAGAUAAAAGAAGAAGAAGGAGAAAAAAAAUCCAAUAACCGAAAACCAAAGAAAGAAAGUACAUCUAAGGAAAGAAGAAAGUUCAAGUGCUGACAGUCUUGCCUAAGCCAACGCCUAAGCUUGAGCAGCGUGCGGAAAGGGGAUAUAAAAUGUUUAAUAAAAUAAUUAGCUAAAUCUAAAUCGAAAAUCUGUACAUGAAAGUUAUAGAUUUUCAGAUGAUGCGAUGGCAGUUAUUUAAGUAUAUAUACAUAUAUAAAUUAAUAUAAAUCUAUAUAUAAAUAUAUUUACAGUCUAAGCAAGCAAAGAACCACUAACACUUAAAUAAGCCUAACUUACGAUUAAACCUAAACUUAAAGUUAAUGUUUAGGUUUAAGGUUUGGGUAACUACAAAACGGGAGAUUAUUUCUAGAGAUAUAUGAGAUAUGUACGUAUUAAUCGAACAACAACCACAACAAAUAUUUACCAAGCGCGAGAUGAGCAAGUUUAACUUAAUACAAAUUCUCAACUUAAGCUGUAAAUAGGAUCACACAUACACACACACACACACACACACACACACACACACCACAGCCGGACUAUCGAUUGUCGUCGUCUACCGAUUACCAGAUCUUAGGCUUUAUACAAAUUUGUUUUGCUCUGCGCUCCGUCAAAAACUCCACAGCAACCCCAAAAUGUGCGAGUUUUUGCCGGCUAGCGAUGGGCACAGUAUACAGCUACAGCUACAGCGACAGCUAUGUAUCAUAUAAUUUAAACUAGAGCAAUGAGAACACACACUCUAUCUCUCUCUAUCUCUCUAUAUAUAUAGACACAUACUAUAUACUACGUAUAACGCGAUUUUGUUGUAGCUAACCCGCGCUUCACAUUCUCACGCUUCUAGAGAAUCGCUAUAGAAUCCGUUUGCGCCGUUUGCUCGGUUCCAAUCAACUUGCCUCGAAAAACAAACGCAUCAAGUACCUUCAAGUUAAUAGUGUGAGCUGUAAAAAUCGUUACCUGCUUGCCAAAGACACAUACAUUACAUUAAAACACACAUAGCGUCGUAACACAUUAGCAUAAAUGGAAAUAUAGGAAAACUGAAAGGAGGAGGAAAACCAAAGAUAGUUUGCAAAUGACAUUACAUUUUAGUUUGAGAGACAUUCUAUUGGCGUUCUUUUGGGCAACAUUUUGCAAUGCAUUCCCGAAGGGAGGAGGACUCCCCAAUUGGUUCACUUUAAGGAAACAUAUCACAGGCCUGGGACAGACAGUCGGACAGACAGAUACAGUGAUGGAUGGGAGCAGUUAACUUUUAUAAAUAGUAUACUCGUAUUAGGACUAUAGGGCAAUGAAAUAUGUACAUUCAGAUAUAUACGAGAAACGUAGCUAUUGUUCCUAUCCAGUUAUUUAAUGUUAGUUCAUUUUGCUUUCACUCAUGGCUACGGAUAUUGAUUUGAACCUUUCCGUCCAUUCAUUCAGCUUUCAACACACAACAACGCAAGAUAAAGUUAAAUAUAUAUUGACAGGUGCAUAUCCAUCCAAGCUGCAGCUUCCUAUAUCAGAACUACGACCACUACAGAGAUACGUAAAGAAUUGCCAAAUCACGACAGGCAGAAUGCAUUCAAAAUGUUGCCACAAGAAAAGCACAACAACAAGAACACACAUUAGAAGAAAAGUCAGGAUAUGAGGAUGAAGAAAAGGCGCUUCAAAUAUUUGAGAAAAGAAAAAACUACCAGCGAGGUUUCCAGCAACUAAUUAUACGAUAUAUAAAUCAGAGAUACAUACAACAUAAAAGCAUACAGACAUUAUAGAUAGUUAAUCCGAUUUGUACACUCCACUCCGAUAGCCACGAACUUCAUACGAACUUUUCUAUGAUAAAACUCUCUCUCUCUCUAUCUCUAUCUUUGUAUUGUUUCCACUGCUCUCCGUCAGCAAACAUUCGAAAAUGCUUUAAUUAAUCAGCAAACCAGCAAAGAAUAUGGACAGGAUGUGAAACAAACGGCGGCAAGGGCCGAAGUUGAAGUGCUCUUUCCGUUUACAUACCAUUGGAAUGGAAUUACUUGACGCCUCCUGCGAAACGAGUACAGUUUCGGAAAGGGCAUUUCCACCGUUGAGACAUAGAAGAUGAUUCUUAUUAGAAUUCCUCUAGAAUUCGUUACAUUUAAGUCACACAAAUGACAAAGCAUAUAGAAAAUGUUACAGAAACAAAUGAUAUAUUACGGCAAGUUAUUUCAAGGGCAGCCGAAAACCAAGAAACAAGAAACAAAAACAAAAACAAAACAAAAAUGCUAUCUACACAACAACCACAAGAACAACAGAAGAAUAUAUCAUUUAUUGCGAAUGUUGAACACAAAAUUGAUUAAGAGGCAGGGGCCAGCGCUCGCUGGGCGCUCUGGAUACCUUGUAUUGUAUUUUAAUAUCUCGACAACAAUCGAAGGUCGAGAAACGACAAUAAACUGUGAAAAGAAUAUGUAAAAAACAAAAACAAAACCAAAAGCAAAACAAAAACAAAAACUAAAAUUAUAUUAUUAACAAGAUUUGCAGAGAAGGCAUUAUUAAUAUUGAAGAACACAGAAACUUGAAUUGUGUAAAACUAAAAACUAAAGAGAAACUUUAAUGAAAAGCAACAUUUAAAUAACAAAACAAAGGAAAAUUCAUUAAAAAU